UCAAAAUCCAAUGCACCUUUUACCACCUCCACCUUCUUGCUCUUCUCCACUCGCAUCCAUGGCUUCCUCACUGCACACGAACGCAACCCACUUCCUCUCACCCAAACCAGUCGCACAGACACCUACCCGCUCCACAACCCGCGUUUCCAUACGGUGCGGUCCACGCGACAACCGUGGACCUUUGGUCAAAGGUCGGGUCCUCAGCAUCGAGGCCAUCCAAGCCGUUCAAACCCUCAAACGGGCGCAAAGAUCCGACCCGGCCCAAUUCCCCGCCCUUGUCUCCAAAACCCUCUCCCGCCUGAUCAAAGCCGACCUCGUCGCCGCUCUUAGGGAGCUUCUACGUCAGGACCAGUGCCACCUGGCCCUCCAAGUCUUCUCCGCCGUCCGAUCGGAAUACCCGCCCGACUUAUCCGUUUACGCUGAGAUGGCGCUGGCGCUGGCGAGAAAUGAGAUGGGGGAGGACAUGGACCGUUUGAUUUGUGAUCUGGAGACAGAGAGUGGGGUCCAGUGGGGCAGCGAUAAGGGGCUGAUAAGGUUGAUCAGGGCCGUUAUUGGGGCGGAUAGGAGGGAAUCAACGGUCAGGAUUUACAAGAUGCUGAAGAGGAAUGGGUGGGGGUCCACUGGGUUUGAAGCGGAUGAGUAUAUGGUUAGGGUUUUGAGUAAGGGAUUGAGGAGACUUGGGGAGGUUGGGUUGGCUGAUGAGGUUGAUUUGAAAUUCGGGAGCCUUUUGAAGGGUAGUUUGGAGAAUUCAAGUGUAUAAAACUAGCGAAGGAAAUAUUAAGGAGGGAGUUUUUAUUUACACCCUCCAAAAUGUUUAUUUAUCCACAUUCGAAUGAAACAAUUUGGGCUAUUCUAAUUUCAA